AGUAAACUCCUCUGCUUUGGCAGACAUGUCUCAUGGCAAGAUGAAACUGCUUUUACUUGAAUAGUGCGUCAAACAACUUCAACACCAAGUUCUCUUCCUUGCAGUUGCAGAAAAACUGAUAAACCAAUGGCGGAUUCUCGAGUGGAGACAAUCUCACGAUUAGCACAAUGGAGAAUUGAAAACUUCGGACCUUGCUCUUACAAAAAAUCCGAUCCUUUCAAGGUCGGACUCUGGAACUGGCACUUGUCCGUGGAGAAAAACCGCUAUCUGUAUAUACGUUUAUAUCCAGAACCAUCUCGUGUGUCGAAAGAACAACCUCCAAUUGCUAGCUUCGUUCUUCGAGUUUCUAUUGCUGGCGCCAACCGCAAACCUUACAUCUCUCCAGUUCAUGAGAGAUUGCUUCGGACAUGUGAAGACUUUGUCUGGCCUGUUGAUACUACCUUCCAGGGUCGCUUCAUCAUCGACGUUGAAUUUCUGGACCUGAAAGUCUGCCCCUUGAAUAGUGCGAUCCCGUGUUCUAUAUGGCCCUGUGACGGAUUGAUGCAAUCUGUUUCGUCCCAGAGCUCCCUUCAAAGCCUCUCACGCAUGCUUGACGAAGGGAUCCAUGCAGAUGUUGUCAUCCAUGCUGCUGAUGGCACUCUGAAAGCUCACAAGGCGGUUCUGGCUGCGAGCUCUCCUGUUUUCCAGAGCAUGUUCCAUCACAAUCUUAAGGAAAAAGAAUCUUCCAUGAUUAACAUAGAGGACAUGUCGCUAGAAUCUUGCAUGGCCCUUCUUAGUUACCUGUAUGGAACCAUUAAACAACAGGAUUUCUGGAAGCACAGGCUGGCACUGCUGGCGGCAGCUAACAAAUAUGACAUUGCAGACUUGAAAGAUGCCUGUGAGGAUAGUCUUUUGGAAGACAUCAACUCAGCGAAUGUCCUCGAGAGGCUGCAGGAAGCCUGGCUGUACCAGUUGAACAAGCUGAAGAAAGGAUGCUUGACGUAUUUAUUUGAUUUUGGCAAGAUAUAUGACAUCAGAGAAGAAAUCAGUAAUUUCUUCAGCCAAGCUGAUCGUGAAUUGUUGCUGGAGAUGUUCCAGGAAGUGCUUACAGUUUGGAAACCGUUAUAAUUUGCAGGGUAGGUUCUGUCAUUUUGGAUUUGGUUUCAGCUUAAGUGUUUGUAUAGAACAGUGAAGCCCUCUUAACUAGGUAUGUAAUGAGACUGUAGUUGUUUAACUGUGAGAUUUUGAGUAUUGUAAAUGAUGUAAAAAUUUCUUCUGGACUCGACAAUUGUGUGGUAUGGAAUAUAUAUGAAUAUUUAGCUAUGUUGUUUAUAA